GUUUCUCAUGUGAAAAAACGGAUCAUAACCCUUUCACUGUACAAAACGAUCAACAAAAAUAGUGAAGUAGCGACAGGCUCUCUUUUAUGUGACAAUUAUUGUAAUUAAAGGCAUUAUAUUUAUAAAAAGAAACGCGAGUUGAUAACAACGAGAGCGAUAAUUUCUGCGAUCAAAUUCAGACCGAGUCUCGAAGUACACAGAAUAUAGCGGCAAUUAUCACAAAUUAAAAAUGGAGCAGGAUGAGAUUGAAGCAGCUUCGAAAUCAGGAACGAAUGCUCGAAAUGACAAGAAUGCCGUCAUUGACUACGACGAAGACAGACUGCAUGAGAUGACAGCAUCUUAUUCCGAGAUAUCAUUUGACUCGCAGUCCUCACCACCUAUCUCGGAAUUGCGAUCGCUCAUUGAUUCUCCAGACAUUGACAGCACAAAAUUUCUGGACGAUAAUCUGGAGAAAAUCGGCAGUUCCGGUCACAGACCCGAUCAGUUGGAUUUGAAAAGUAGAAGCGGCAGCCCAACGGAGGACGACGAUCUGGACCCGCCGAGUUAUCACAAAGCCAUGGGUUACUUGCAACUGGAGGGCAGAGUGAUGCAGGACGGUGACAUGGUGCUAUUCGUGACGGAAGACUUGGAGAACAAAAUCAAAUUGUCCAGUCCCGUGACGAAGAAGGGCGACACUCCGUCAUUCCCUGGAUCUCGAAGUUCGACCCCGUGUCUGUACAGGCAGGCUUUGACUCCGCAGCUACCGCCUCUCGAUCACAACAUAUUGAAUGAACUGGAAAUGGAAGCUAGGAAAGUCGCGACUUCUGUGGACGCGUUAACCGAGAAUCUAGCCGCGAUUUUACAGAAUGCGUCGGCUCUCACAGUUGGUUGCUUAGAAACGUACAGAGAUGCAGUAUGCAAAACGUGCGAUGCGGUCGAUCACAACAUAAAAUCAAUGUAUCAGUUGAUGGCCAAGUGUGAGGAAUUGUCCAAAUCGAUGGGGCCAAUUUACAAGUUAGCAGAACAGAUUAAAGAGAUGAAAAGGAUGCUGGAGCUUUUUGAGAACGCGAUGAAUAUGUGAAACGCUGCGAAGGAGGAAGUUGCAAUAUAUUACAUUUCAAUCGCUAUUAAUUAUUCUGAAGCACGCUUAUUAGGUCCAUGAUAGAAAUAAAGUUACAUGUUGUAUAUUAAUUUAUUCUGUAUAUAAUUAAUUAAUGACGUAACAGAAAUAUUACAAAGUUUAUUGAUGUAUAUUGACCACUUGUAGGAUAAAGUGCUGCUUCACAUUUUUCAAGAUUUCUCUGAUAUAUUUUCAUCUUGAUUUAAAAAAAGGCGUAUAAGGUAAAGAAAACUAUUUAAAGAAAACUUAAACUAAAGAAAAUACGAUUUUCAAUAGGUAAAUAUACAUAUCUGUAUAUAGCGUUAUCUUUCUCAAGAGUGUUAAACAAUAGUUUCAGAAUAAAAUGGCAAAGAUUUCUUUCCCAGUGCAAUCAUCAUUGAAUACGUUUUAAUUUAUGUAUAUUACACGACGCGUGUGUUAUUAAAGAGUUUCUACGAUUACCUCAUAUAUAUUUUGUACAUGUGCCGCAAGUAUAAAUGUUAAAUAAAAAUGCAAUUAACGC